AGCUUUAACUCUCUACUCGCAGGAAAAGCCGAACCCCUCCCUCAAAGCCCAGCGCUCGCUAACGUGCGCCCCGCCGUCAUCCCUUUAUCUCCUCUCCUGUAGAAACCCUAGAUUCUCGCGGAGCCCUAGGGAUAAGUACAGCGAUCGAGGCUUAUCCCUUUGACAUCGCAGCGAUGGAGGAGGAAUCGAGAGUCGCCGCCGUCCCCGUCCCGGUCGUCGACGGAGAUGAAGACUGGAGCGAGAAGGCGGACGCUGAGGCCAUGGAGGUGGAGCGAUCGAACACCGCCGCCGAGGCUGCCGCCGAUCACGAAACCCUAGACAACGAGCAUCCUUCACAGGAUCUGGCGGCGGAUCCCCCUCAAGAUGGCCAUGAAGAGAUCCAAUCAAGCCUGCAGUCAAUGCAUUUGGAAGAAAGAGGUAAACAAAAGGAGACAGCUGCACCUGGAGAAGUUAAAGAAGAGGAAAAGGAAGAAGACAAAAAACGACACUUGAACCUUGUUUUCAUCGGUCAUGUUGAUGCUGGUAAAUCUACAACCGGUGGUCAGAUUCUUCUCCUUAGUGGUCAGGUUGAUGAUAGGACUAUUCAGAAAUAUGAAAAGGAGGCCAAAGAUAAAAACCGAGAAAGCUGGUACAUGGCAUAUAUUAUGGACACGAACGAAGAAGAACGUGUAAAGGGAAAGACUGUGGAGGUUGGGAGAGCUUAUUUUGAAACUGAAAAUACAAGAUUUACUAUUCUAGAUGCUCCUGGCCAUAAGAGUUAUGUACCAAAUAUGAUCAGUGGUGCAUCUCAAGCUGAUGUUGGUGUUCUGGUUAUAUCUGCUCGUAAAGGUGAAUUUGAAACUGGAUAUGAGAAGGGAGGACAAACUCGUGAACACGUUCAGCUUGCAAAAACUCUUGGUGUUUCAAAGUUGGUGGUUGUUAUAAACAAAAUGGAUGACCCUACAGUUGGUUGGUCAAAAGAAAGAUAUGAUGAAAUAGAAUCCAAGAUGGUUCCUUUCCUGAAAUCUUCUGGCUACAAUGUGAAAAAAGAUGUUCAAUUUCUUCCAAUAUCUGGUUUGGUCGGGUUGAACAUGAAGACAAGAAUGGACAAAAAUGCUUGUGGUUGGUGGAAUGGUCCAUGCCUUUUCGAGAUAUUGGACACCAUUGAACUUCCUCCGAGAGAUCCUAAAGCCCCCCUCAGGAUGCCAAUUAUUGAUAAAUACAAAGACAUGGGAACAGUUGUGAUGGGAAAAAUUGAGUCUGGUAGUAUCCGUGAAGGUGAUAGCUUGUAUGUCAUGCCCAACAAAGCUAAUGUAAAGGUGCUUGGCAUACAAUGUGAUGAGAAUAAGGUAAGACAAGCUGGGCCAGGUGAAAAUACACGGGUUAAAUUGUCAGGGAUAGAGGAAGAAGACAUAUUGUCUGGUUUUGUUCUUUCUAGUGUGGCAAAUCCGAUUGGCGUAGUUUCUGAAUUUGAGGCUCAGUUGCAGAUUCUAGAGUUGCUUGAUAAUGCAAUAUUUACUGCUGGUUACAAGGCAGUGUUGCACAUUCAUUCAAUUGUUGAGGAGUGUGAGAUUGUUGAUCUGAUUGAAGAAAUUGACGUGAAGAAAAAGAGUGAUCCGAAGAAAAAGAAGCGAAAACCUCUGUUUGUUAAAAAUGGUGCUGUUGUGAAGUGCCGUAUUCAGGUCAAUAAUUUGAUAUGCAUCGAGAAAUUUUCGGAUUUUGCACAGCUUGGGAGAUUCACUCUUCGUACUGAAGGGAAAACAAUUGCUGUCGGGAAAGUUGUUGGCCUGCCACCUUCAGGAAACCCCACAUUCGGUUAAGAAACUAUGGAUGAAGAUUCCAUGCUGUUAAGAGAGCAUACUCGAGUUGCCACGAGAGAGAGGAGACAUAGUAUAUAUGGCUGCAAGAGUAUAUUUUGUUUUCACCGAGUUUUUUUCUUGGGGGACUGGUGCAACGUCCAGCCGUUGUGUAUGGUCCUUCAAGAUGAGAGUAGGAGUUAGGCUGAUGAGUUUCUUUCUUUACCCUGAUUUUGUAUAAUCAUGUAAGACUGGGAGUAAGUAAUUGUCGAUGUCAUUUCUUUGUCAUGAGUGUCGUAUUAAUCCCUUGAAGGGAGAUUAGAGGAGGCAAAAUGUUUCUUUUGGGAAGCGUUACUAGUGUGAUGCUUCUAUGCUUGCGAUGUGAUUCGCGAUUUUUAUUCUGAGAAUCAUAGACGAACUAAGAAAUGAUGUUGCAUACUUUUGCGAGAUUUGGGUAUCAUCAUAGAAUGUGUUUCGAAACUUUGGUGAGUGCUAGAUGCUUUUAUUGUUUUGGGUA